AUUAGCUCCAAGCUUCCCAGCGGUAGUCUUAAAUUAAAUUCGGUCGCGUUCACAGCACUUGAAUUGCUGGUUUGAGCAGCUAGCAAUACUGGCUCACAAGUUUGUCUGGCAUCCGUAGGAAAGAUUUAAAAAGCGCUAAUCAACCGCAGUGCGGCUUUUUGACCGAAAGUCAAGGUUAUCACAACUUCAGAAGCCGAGAUCAAUAUGGAUAAACAUCUCGAAUUGGCUGUUUUAGGCCUGGUUUUACUUUCAUGUGUGUAUGCUCUUCCCCAGGGUGCUUCAAAUGUGGAUAAAAACAUUAUGGAUAUCUUUAACACAAGUCCAAGCAUACCAAAUCAGUCGCAACGCCAGAACGGGUUCGCUGAGGUCGUUACACCCGUUCCCAUAGAUCCUUCGAGUCCGGUGAUUGAUUUCACAUCAGUCAGCGGCAAGACGUCAACUUGUAAUUGUGUGCCCUACUACAUGUGCGAUCCCUCGACGAAUAGCAUUACUGAAGACGAGUCGUUUGAUGGGUUUGGAAAGAUUGAUAUUCGCUUCGGCGACAACGACCCCAUUUGCCCCGCAUCUAUAGAUGUUUGCUGUGAAGGCAAUCGCACACGCGAUGUGGUCUUGAACCCAACGCCCCUGGAUAAGAGACCGAACCAACCGCGAGGCUGUGGAAUUCGAAAUGUUGGUGGACUGGACUUCGAGCUAACUGGCGCCACACAGAAUGAAGCCGGUUUUGGCGAGUUUCCAUGGACUGUAGCCUUGUUGCACACCGGCAAUUUUAGCUACUUCUGCACCGGUUCGCUCAUCCAUCCCCAGGUGGUGCUGACUGCUGUGCACUGUUUAACAACACAUGCACCGGGUAGUUUCAUGGUACGAGCUGGUGAGUGGGAUACACAAACGACCAGGGAACGUCUACCAUAUCAAGAGCAAACGGUACAGCGAAUCAUAACACAUCCUCGAUUCAAUAGCAGGAACGUAGCCAAUGAUUUUGCACUCGUUAUACUUUCUCAAGAAUUCACACUGGAUGAUCACAUCAGAGUGGUUUGCCUGCCCGAACACGGCACCAAUCCUGUACCGCAGACCACCUGCUUCUCCACCGGUUGGGGCAAGGAUGUCUUUGGCGUUGCUGGCAAAUUCAGUGUUAUCAUGAAACGAAAGCCGUUGCCAGUGGUUGAAUUCAAUAGCUGCCAGGCACAGCUGCGAAAUACGCGACUUGGACCUAAAUUCGUUUUGGAUCGGUCUUUCAUGUGCGCUGGCGGACAGCUAGAUGUGGAUACCUGUCAAGGCGAUGGCGGCGCACCGCUUGUAUGUCCAAUUGGAUUACCAUCUGAGAAUCGAUACCAGCAGAAUGGCAUUGUGGCCUGGGGUAUUGGAUGCAAUCAACCAGUGCCAGCUGCCUACGCUAAUGUUGGCGUCGCUCGUGAUUGGAUCGACCAGCAAAUGCUGGCCAAUGGCUUCGGUACUAAUACAUAUACACCCUAAAUUGGAUUGCAUUUAGAUUGUGUUAAGCUAUGGAAUUAAAUGAUAUGAUAUGAUGAUGAUUAAUAAUAAAUACCGACAAUGCAUACAGCUCACAA